ACCCCUCGUGGUGAAAGUUGGCAGCAGAAGAAAAGGGAAAUACUCCACAUAGCGAAAUGGGCUGCGGAGAAAUCAAGAUUUGGUCCCUGGGGCUGGGGGCUGGGGCAUUUAUUCCGAGCAAGAGGAGGAGAAGGUUCCUAGUUGGUUUUAAACACGGAGCUCAGCUCAGCUAGGCUAGGUAUCCCCCCAACUCACUUUCUUGUACAGCUCACUUUCUUGGCCUCCCCUAAGCUCCCCCUCCUCCUUUCCAGCUCGGUUCGCUAACCAGUGGUCUCCUCCUCCUCGCCAAACUCCCGAGCCUCUGCAUGCAUGGAUCCUCCUCCAUGGCGGUCCAUGGCGCCUAUGUAUACUAGUAGUAGCCUUCGUUAGUCCAGCCCUCUUCAUAUCUCAGUCCUCAAAGCAGAUAACUUGAUCAAAGCGUAGUACUUCCGCAGGAUGCAGGACUUGUUCUCGGUCCCUUCCUGCUUCUCGUCGGGCGAGAAGCUCCCGGCGGACAACCCGGCGUCUGCGGCACCGGCGACAAGGUCCGGGCAAAGCGCGGUGACGCUGGUGUACCGUGCCGAGAUCGCCGGGCACAGCCGCCUGGUGACCGUGACGUGGUGCCGCAACCUUCUCGCCCACGGCAUGCAGGUCUCCAUCGAAGGCUCGGCCGGCGGCGGCAAGGACAAGAGCAGCGGCGGCGGCAACGGCGACGUGGCGGGCGGCAAGAGCUGCAGCAGCGGCGCCUCGGCCUGCAAGGUGGAGAUGCAGCCGUGGCACUUCUGGCGCAAGUACGGCGCCAAGCAGUUCCACGUGGACGGCAAGGCGAACGCCGUGGUGGACGUGGUCUGGGACCUCCGGUCGGCCCGGUUCUCCUCGGACGAGCCGGAGCCGGUGUCCGACUACUACGUGGCCGUGGUGUCGGACCAGGAAGUGGUGCUGCUGCUGGGGAACCAGAAGAAGGAGGCGUUCCGGCGCACGGGGUCCCGGCCCUCGCUGUCGCUCCAGGACGCGGCCAGGCUGGUGUGCAAGAAGGAGCACGUCUUCAGCAAGAAGCGGUUCCUCACCAGGGCCAAGUUCCACGACAAGGGCAAGCUGCACGACAUCAGCAUCGAGUGCAGCAGCGGCAACUUGGCCGGGGGCGCAGCCGACGUCGACAUGGUCAUCAAGAUUGACGGCUGCGUCAACGUCCUCGUCAAGCACCUGCAGUGGAAGUUCAGGGGCAACGACUGCAUCUCCAUCAACAAGCUCAAGGUGCAGGUCUACUGGGACGCCCACGACUGGCUCUUCGGCACCGGGAUGAGGCAGGCGCUCUUCAUCUUCAAGCCCGAGGCGCCGUCGAUCUCCGACUGCAAGGGGGACGGCGACGAAUUCUCCGAUUUCUGCCUGUUUCUCUACGCGUGGAAGGUUGAGUGAGCUAGCUAGAUUGGUAUCCUACAUUUGUUACUGCUGCUGCUACUACAUUACAGUGGACAUUUCACCAUGUUAUGAAGUGAUAAUUCAUACCAUGUAAUGGAUUGCAAGAUGAGAGUGUGAUCAAAGGAGUGAGUGAUUGAGUGAGGCCAUCUUCUGUUUCAUUCCCAUUGAGGCAUUGGGGCGUGCUGGGCACAUGGAAGAUCGGAGUGGAGGGGCACAGGAUAGUCCUGGGGAUUAGGGACAGCCUGGUCCUGAUAGAGAAACAUGGAGUGAGAUGACAUGACAGGUAGGAUUAUUCAGAAUGCCAUUGCCUUUCCCAA